AUGAGUUCUAUGCGGAAAUUAGAGCUUGGAGGUUUUAAUUCCAACUCGACCAACAUCUUACAAUCCCUAAAAUCAUUCUCAUCUCUCCACUCGCUUUCUUAUAGAGAUAGUAAUCUCACAGCUCCGACCAUCACUUACGGUUGGUGUGAACUCAAAAAUAUUCAAGAGCUAGCAUUCACUAACAACAAUUUUGAGGGAACACUUCCUUCAUGUCUUGGAAACUUGACAUCAGUUAAAUGGUUGGGUUUGCAAGGGAACAACUUCACUGGAAAUAUAGACUUACAUCCUUUUUGGAGAAGACUCACACCACUUGAGUUCCUUGAUAUUUCAUAUAACCAAUUUGAAGUUCCACUGUCAUUUAAACAGUUCGCCAACCAUUCAAAACUGACAUACUUGGAUGUUGGCCAUAAUACAAUAACUACAUACACCGAAUUUCAGAAUUGGAUCCCAAAUUUCCAGUUGCAACUUUUUGCUAUUCAUGGAUGUAUAAACCUUCAGAAAUUGCCUUCUUUCCUUCACUACCAGUAUGACUUGAGAAUUCUUGCUAUUGAUGGAAAUCAAUUGCCAGGAAACUUUCCAACCUGGUUGUUAGAGAAUAACACCAGACUUGGAGCUCUUUAUGCUAGAGAUAAUGCUUUCAUUGGACCGUUGGAGUUGCCAUCUUCUCUUCCCCGUCUACAUACUAUUGAUGUUUCUAAUAACACACUAAAUGGACAUAUUCCAACAAACUUUAGUUCUGCCUUCCCAAAGAUUAAUCGUUUGAACAUGUCACAAAAUUUGAUUGAAGGUCCUAUACCUUCUGGGGUUAGUGGCAUUUCUUUAAGAAUUGUAGACCUAUCUCAUAAUUUCUUGUCUGGAGGAGUUCCUAGUGAUCUGACUAGUUCUCCAUAUUUGCUCUACCUUCAGCUGUCAAACAACAGGUUGAAAGGGCAAAUAUUUUCGAAGAAUUUCAGAUCAAGUACACUAUCUUUUUUGUAUGUGAAUGGCAAUAACUUUGAGGGACCACUACCUAGUAACAUUUUUUUUAGAGACUUUAUUGUACUGGAUGCUAGCAACAAUAAUUUCUCUGGAGAGAUUCCGAGAUGGAUUAGAGAUAACUCAAAUUUAUUACAGCUUGAUCUUUCAAAAAAUCAUUUCGAAGGCUCGAUUCCCGUUGAAAUUUGCAAGUUGAAGAGCAUUAAGGUCUUAGCUAUGUCUGAAAAUAGACUUUCAGGCAUUAUUCCUUCUUGUGUGAGUGGUUUGCCCCUUGAUCACAUCCAUCUAGACAACAAUAAAUUGGGUGGUGGACUUGAAUAUCUUUCCAACAUCUCUUCUCUGAUUACAUUGGAUCUUGGCAACAAUAGUUUUACAGGAAGUAUCCCACACACCAUAGGCUCACUUUCCAAUCUGAACUUCCUUCUCCUCAACCAUAACCAAUUGGAAGGAAAUAUCCCAGCUCAGAUUUGCUUGUUGAACGAGUUGUCCAUCAUGGAUUUAUCUUUUAAUAAGAUUUAUGGUUCACUCCUUCCUUGUUUGGGAAACUUAAUACAAGCCAAAAGAGAUGGAAAAAUAAGGACUCUUAUAUAUGCUUCAUUUCCCAAGGAAGCUUGGUUAAAUUUCUUGACCUGGAAAAUUUCAACAAUGCACUACCAUAAUAGAUAUUCGAUGGGAGAAUCUAACUUCGGUAUGAUGGAUGUGGAAACUCAGGUCCAGUUUUCAACUAAAAGAAACACAUACACUUAUAAGGGAAGCAUUCUAAAAUACAUGUCAGGUAUUGAUCUAUCAAGUAAUAGAUUAACUGGUGAAAUUCCCAUUGAGCUGGGGAAUUUGAGCAAAAUACAUGCGCUGAAUCUAUCACACAACCAUCUCAUUGGAAGAAUUCCAGAAAGUUUCUCCUACUUACAUGAAGUUGAGAGUUUAGAUCUUUCCUACAACAGCUUGAAUGAGAGUAUUCCUGAAGGUCUACUUGAGUUACAUCCUUUGGCGGUGUUCAGCGUGACAUACAAUAACUUAUCUGGUAGAGUACCAGACUUUAAAGGUCAAUUCGGAACAUUCGACAAAAGCAGCUAUGAGGGGAAUCCAUUUCUUUGUGGUUAUCCAUUAGACAAUGAAUGUAGCAGUACUAAAUUGUCAAAUACCUCCAAGAAUGAAAGUGAUGAAUCUGACUUGGAUUAUAAGGAAAGUUUCUACAUCGGCUUUGGCGUGUCUUAUGGAGCAAUCUUGCUGGGAUUGGCUGCAGCACUCUGCUUCAAUCCUUAUUGGAGAAGAGCAUGGUUUAGGCUUAUUGAGACAUUGAUGCUCGCUUCUUACUAUUUUCUCUUAGACAAUGUUAGCCCUUUCAAGAAUUGGCGGUGA